AUGGAUAUAGUCGAAAUGCUCCGAGGGAGGAAACGCCCAUUCACUUUCGUAAUCGUCAACAUAGAAGUUGCAGUUGGGCGACACCCACUCGGGCUGAAUGGGGCUGAGAUCGGUACCAAUAACGGUGGCGCAGGGAAAACCAUCGGCGAACUGGAUGCACCAAUUGCCAGUGCCACCGCCAAGUUCGAGAACGCGCUGAGGUUGGUUCAAUGGUUCCCGAAACAAAGGGCCACCCAGAACCAGUCUGUGAAUGUGAUGAAGCAUGUCCAGGCGGUUCUGCUCAAUUUGGUCGUUGGGCAACAUAUAUUUGCCUUCGCGAUAGGCGCGGUAGCGUCGGCCAUUCUCGUAGCGGUAGUUGAGGACGGUGCUCCCAAUGAAGCACACCAGGACCCUGAGACAGAGGUCUCGUAA